UGGGGAAGGAGUGAGAGUGGCACCCAGAAGAGAGAGGGCAGGCCAGGCAGACAAAGCUCUGGGCUCUCUCCUGUUUGGGGCCACAGCCAGUUGCAUCAUCCUUCUAUUUGCAUUCUGGUCUUGACCACCUGCCAGAGUAGGACAUAUCAGCCCUGCUCCAGCUCCCUUUGUCCUGAAACUCUGCCCUGGAGGGUGGUUGAAGAAGGUGCCCUACAAGGACCGAGCAGGGGAGGCAGUCAGCAGGCCAGCCGUGCUGUGCAGGUCUCUCGGCCUUCUGCUGCCACACAGGAGAAUGGAAGCCCACAAUGGGUCAGCCCCGCUCAACUUCACCCUGCCACCCAACUUUGGCAAGCGCCCCACCGAUCUGGCACUGAGCGUCAUCCUGGUGUCCAUGCUGCUCAUCAUGAUGCUCUCGCUGGGCUGCACCAUGGAGUACAGCAAGAUCAAGGCUCACUUCUGGAAGCCCAAGGGGCUGGCCAUUGCCCUGGUCGCGCAGUAUGGCAUCAUGCCCCUCACUGCCUUUCUAAUCGGUAAGAUCUUCCGGUUGAACAACAUUGAGGCACUGGCCAUCCUGAUCUGCGGCUGUUCGCCUGGGGGGAACCUGUCCAACGUCUUCAGUCUGGCCCUCAAGGGGGACAUGAACCUCAGCAUCGUGAUGACCACCUGCUCCACCUUCUUUGCCCUGGGCAUGAUGCCCCUCCUCCUGUACAUUUACAGCAGGGGGAUCUACGAUGGGGACCUGAAGGAGAAGGUACCCUACGGAGGCAUUGUGCUGUCACUGGUCCUGAUUCUCAUUCCCUGCACCAUAGGGAUCUUCCUCAAUGCCAAACGGCCAUACGUACGCUAUGUCACCAAGGGAGGGAUGAUCAUCACACUGUUGCUCAGUGUGGCCGUCAUAGCGCUCUCUGCCAUCAAUGUGGGCAAGAGCAUCAUGUUUGUCAUGACACUCCGCUUGUGGGCCACCUCCUCCCUGAUGCCCUUCAUCGGCUUCCUGCUGGGCUACAUUCUCUGUCUCUUCCGCCUCAAUGGACAGUGCAGCCGCACUGUCAGCAUGGAGACCGGAUGCCAGAACGUCCAACUCUGCUCUACCAUCCUCAAUGUGACCUUCCCCCCUGAAGUCAUCGGACCACUUUUCUUCUUUCCUCUCCUCUACAUGAUCUGCCAGCUUGGAGAAGGGCUUCUCCUCAUUGCCAUCUUUCGGUGCUAUGAGAAAAUCAAGCCUUCCAAGGAUAAAACAAAAAUCAUCUACAAAGCUGCCACAACUGCAGAGACUACUGUUCCAUCACCUCUGGGAAAUGGUACCCAUAAAGAGGGCUUCCCUCGCACAGCCUAGUCUUCCCCCCAGUGGCCUGGAUUCAGAAGGCAACUCAGAAGGCCAGUGUGGUAAACUACAGAGCAGAAAGAUGAAAGAUCAUCAGUAGUGUCUGAGUCUUUCUAAAACAUUUCCAGCAGAAACUAUCAGGAUCAUCAAGUCUUGCCUUUAGGGUCUACCCUACUCAUAUAUCCCCAGCCGAGAAUUGGAUAUGUUUCAAAAAUAAAAGGGCAGACUUUUAAAUGACAA